AUGAGGAUCUAUCGGCGUUGCUGGCUGGUGUUCAAGAAGUCAUCCAGUAAAGGACCUCGUCGUCUGGAGAAAUAUCCUGAUGAGAAGUCUGCUUAUAUCAGAGCCUGUCCUAAGGUGACAGAGAUUAGCAACGUGAAGAAUGUGACACGGUUGCCACGGGACACCAAGCGUCAGGCUGUGGCCAUUGUGUUUACAGACGACACCUCGCGCACCUUCACCUGUGAAUCAGAGCUGGAUGCAGAGGACUGGUUCAAGACGUUAUCAAUCGAGUGUCUGGGAACACGGCUCAAUGACAUCAGUAUGGGGGAGCCGGACCUCCUGGCAGCUGGGGUGCAGUGCGAACACACAGAGCGUUUCAACGUGUUCCUCCUCCCUUGCCCCAACCUGGACAUCUAUGGGGAGUGCAUGAUGCAGAUCACCCACGAGAACAUCUACCUGUGGGACAUCCACAACCCUCGCACCAAGCUGGUCACCUGGCCACUCUGCUCCCUGCGGCGCUACGGGCGUGACGCCACCCGCUUCACCUUCGAGGCCGGACGGAUGUGCGACAGCGGUGAAGGCCUCUACACCUUUCAGACCAGAGAGGGAGAGCAGAUCUACCAGAGAGUUCACUCCUCCACACUGGCUAUCGCUGAGCAGCACAAGAAAGUCCUGCUGGAGAUGGAGAAAAACAGUAGGGUGAGGCUACCUGGAUAA